AUGAACCAAUGUUCAAAACACUGUGGACUGGGACUUAACUGGGAGCUUCUAGUGUCAUCCUUGGAUUUUUAAGAGUGUGCGCAGAAUGCCUUAUUUUACAAAACUGCUGUUCUUACUCUUUUGCCUGAUCCUUGCUGGUGAGUGCCGAAAGCAUAAAACUAGGAGAAGGAGGUGGACGGGACCCGUUGAAGCACACAAGCAUGGAAACGCUUUAGCACCGAAGAUGCCAGACGUGACGAAAACGCGUAAGGUAAAAACAGAACAGCUGCUGCGAGUGGACGAUCACGAUUUUACCAUGAGGCCAGCGUUUGGAGGCCCUGCUAUUCCAGUUGGUGUUGAUGUGCAAGUGGAAAGCUUGGACAGUAUUUCUGAAGUGGACAUGGACUUCACCAUGACCCUCUACCUCAGGCACUACUGGAAGGACGAGCGCCUGUCCUUCCACAGCACCACCAACAAGAGCAUGACCUUCGACGGCCGGCUGGUGAAGAAGAUCUGGGUGCCCGACGUGUUCUUCGUGCACUCCAAACGGUCCUUCAUCCACGACACCACCACCGACAACAUCAUGCUGCGUGUCUUUCCCGACGGGCAUGUGCUCUACAGUCUGAGGGUCACUGUGACAGCCGCCUGCAACAUGGACUUCAGCCGCUUCCCUCUGGACUCACAAACCUGCUCGCUGGAGCUGGAAAGCUAUGCCUACACAGAUGAAGACCUCAUGCUCUACUGGAAGAGUGGGGACGAGUCGUUGAGCACGGACGACAGGAUCUCUCUGUCUCAGUUCCUCAUUCAGAAGUUCCACACCACCUCCAGACUGGCCUUCUACAGCAGCACAGGCUGGUACAAUCGUCUGUACAUCAACUUCACCCUACGGCGCCACAUUUUCUUCUUCCUGCUGCAGACCUACUUCCCGGCCACACUGAUGGUCAUGCUGUCCUGGGUCUCCUUCUGGAUCGACCGCCGUGCUGUACCCGCUAGGGUUUCACUGGGUAUCACCACGGUCCUCACCAUGUCCACCAUCAUUACUGGGGUUAACGCCUCCAUGCCCAGGGUCUCCUACAUCAAAGCCGUGGACAUUUACCUCUGGGUCAGUUUUGUGUUUGUGUUCUUGUCGGUGUUGGAGUACGCCGCGGUCAACUACCUGACCACCGUGCAGGAGCGUAGGGAGAGGAAGAUGAGAGAGCGGAUGAGGGAACAGUCUCUCCCCUGCACGUGCGGGAUGUCCCACACCCGGACCAUGAUGCUGGACGGGACAUACAGCGAGGCGGACACCAACAGCCUGGCGGGGUACACCCAGGCCCCCAUGGUGCCCGAGGAGCCCGAGAAGCAGGAGCACAUGGUGGUGCACCUGUCCGUCAGCAGCGAAUCCACGGCAACCAAGAAGAAGGGCCUCCGCGCCUUCCGCAUCAUCCAGAACACCCACGCCAUCGACACCUACUCCCGCAUGAUCUUCCCCGGCUCCUACAUCUUCUUCAACCUCAUCUACUGGUCUGUGUACUGCUGAGACUCUCUCCGGGCGGAGCUCAAAGAACUGAGAUGAAGAGAGCUCGCUUUGGCAGGGGUAACGGGACAGACUGGCUUUGAGGAAGACUGAUAACGGCCGAGACAGAGGACCACUAAAAAUGAGACAGAGGGCCACGCUGUUCCAUUCACGCCAGGUCAGCUCAAAGGAUCCACGAGAAUAUUUCAUGGACCACCUCCCAUAAUAAGCUACCCAGAGCUGGACUGGGGAAAACAUUGUGCUUUAUCACCGAAUACAUACCAGCAAGGAGAGAACUGAUUUCAGAGGUCUGGAGGAGAAAAGGCAAAGUGUUAAAGUUGGACAGUUGACACCUGAAAAAAGGCUUUUCGACAUCUUAUCAAAUGUUGCAGUUUUUGCCAUUUUAUCAAAAAAAAAAAAAAUCUGGUCUUUUUUCUAAGGCAUUUUCAGGCCAGACUUGAUGUGUUGUGGUUACAGGUAUAGGUGCACAGAGGAUGCAUGGUUUUGCCAGACUUUCAUCCACUCAUCAUUUCAGGUUCUGAGUUUUCUUGGGGGAGAUGGCAGGAGGCUUGACUUUAAAUGCCUGUUGAAAUGUAUUGUCACAAAUGUAGAUGCACUCUAACAGAUUGUUCCGUUGUUUUGACAGCCUCUAGAGUUGCAUGGCACAAAAAGAGGGCAUACAGCGUAAAUUGAGCCUCUUCCUUCUGUAAAAAGCAUUAAAUAUAAAUGUUAGAUAUGCAGGAUAUAACACAGAACAGCUUAUUGAAGAAUGAGGACAUGUGGCAAUACCAUGGUUAUUUGAGAAAUGAGACAGUA